CUGAAAUGGCAAUGAGAAUGCAAAGGACAUGGUGUCUGAGGCUGCCAGAGCUCAGGGCUGCUGGGGCCAUAGUGGGCACAAAGCCAGGUGAAUGAGGCCCUUGGAAAAGAUUUCCUGCCCGAGAAGCUACACACCCCAUAUGUGACCCCCAAACAGUAUUUAGCCUGUUUACACAUUCCUUCCCAGAGGUGGCACUGAAUAACUGAAAUGAGGCUGUCCCCAGGAUUCAGAUUCAUAUGCAGAGCUCCCAUACUGGCCUCCAGGAAGACAAGACCGAAACAGGACUCCAGCAAGAAGCAAAGCUUAGAAAGCCUUCUCCUCAGGCCCUCGGAGCGGCGGCCAUGGCCAUGGAGCCUCUGGAGACACCCAUCAAGGACGGCAUCCUCUACCAGCAGCACAUCAAGUUUGGCAAGAAGUCCUGGCGGAAGGUAUGGGGUCUACUGUAUGCAGGAGGCCCAUCAGGCGUGGCACGGCUAGAGAGCUGGGAGGUCCGGGAUGGUGGCCUGGGGCCAGCAGGUGACAGGUCUGUGGGGCCUGGCCGGCGAGGAGAGCGGCGGGUCAUCCGCCUGGCUGACUGCGUGUCCGUGCUGCCGGCUGACGGCGAGAGCUGCCCGCGGGACACUGGUGCCUUCCUGCUCACCACCACGGAGAGAAGCCACCUGCUGGCCGCACAGCACCGCCAGUCUUGGAUGGGCCCCAUUUGCCAGCUGGCCUUCCCGGGCACAGGGGAGAGCUCCCAAGGAUCAGGGGAGGCAGAGGCUCCCAAGAGAGGCCUGGUCCAGAUGGAGGAGAACUCCAUCUACUCCUCCUGGCAGGAAGUGGGCGAGUUUCCAGUGGUGGUACAGAGGACGGAGGCAGCCGCCCGCUGCCAGCUGAAGGGGCCCUACCUCCUGCUGCUGGGCCAGAACUCCAUCCAGCUGAACGAGCCCGCCAGCCCCCAGGCGCUCUACACCUGGCCCUACCGCUUCCUGCGCAAGUUCGGCUCCGACAAGGGCGUGUUCUCCUUUGAAGCCGGCCGCCGCUGUGACUCGGGCGAGGGCCUCUUCGCCUUCAUCAGCCCCCGCUCCCGCGACCUAUGCGGGGCCGUAGCCGCCGCCAUCGCCCGCCAGCGGGAGCGGCUCCCGGAGCCGGCGGGGCCCCAGCCCUGCCCCCUGCCGCGGGCCACCUCCCUGCCCUCGCUGGAGCCUCCGGGGGAGCUGCGGGAGGUGCCCCUGGGGCCCGAGGCGCCCGGCUCCCGGAGGGCGCGCGCGGCCGAGCCCGGGCCCCAGAGCCUGCCCGCUCUGCUGGGCCCCGUAGCCCCGGACGAGCCGGCGCCCGCGCUCUACGCGUCGGUGUGCAAGCGGGCCAGCCGGCCUCCGGACGCCGCCGAGCACCUGUACGAGAACCUGUGCGUGCUGGACGCCGGCCCCGCGCCCGACGCCGGCUGUCCGGAGCAGGAGGGCCCGGGCGGCCGCAGCCCCCUGGCCAGCCCCAUCUACCACAACAGCCAGGACCUGGGCUGGCCCGGCGCGGCCCACGACAGCAGCCUGGAGGCCCAGUACCGGCGACUGCUGGAGCUGGAGCUGGCCGACAACGGCGACGAGGCCGGGGGCUCCGCCCGCGCCGGCGCCCACUUGGGCUUCAAGGCCAAGCUGGUGACGCUGCUGAGCCGCGAGCGCAGGAAGGGCCCGGCUCCCUGCGACAGGCCCUGACCGAGUAUCGUGGUGGCCGGAGGAGAGGAAGGCGCUCUCCCUGGGACAAGAGGGCGGGGGAACAAUGGACAUCUGCAGACACACCCCCACACUCACUCUAGCCUGGAGGGACAAGGCAGACAGCCUGGGGAGGACCCCUCAGGUGCCCUGCCGGCCCCCAGUGUAUAGUGUACAGAUUUGCUGGUAAUAAAGCCUUUUAGUUCUCCUCUCCGUCCCACCUUGUGACCCACAGUCCAUACCUCCUCCCU